AUUGAUUGGCCAAAUUUACAAAAAGCGGUGAACUACGAAGUUUAAAAUAUAAAUACUAAUGCUUAUGGAUCAUUACAUAUUGUGCUAGUGUGUGACACUUAAGAAUUAUAAAGUGAUAUAGAAAAUGUCUACUUUGUCUUCAAGUUUUCCUGACCAAAAACUGGAAGCUUUUCAAAAGCUUGAAAAGAUCGGAGAAGGCACAUAUGGAGUUGUUUACAAAGCUAAAAAUCGCAUUACUGGUGAAUUAGUUGCAUUAAAGAAAAUACGUUUGGAAUGUGAUGAUGAGGGAUGUCCCUCUACAGCUGUUAGAGAAAUUUCAAUUCUAAAAGAGCUUAGAUUCCAUCCAUUUAUUGUCCAAUUGUUAGAUGUGUUGCACCAAAGUGGAAAGUUAUAUCUUGUUUUUGAAUUUUUAUUGAUGGACUUGAAAAAAUACAUAGACACAGUGGAGGUUGCAAUGGAUAAAGCACUUAUAAAGAGUUACACUUAUCAAAUAUGCAAUGGUAUUGAUUUCUGUCACGCUCGUCGUAUUAUUCAUCGUGACUUAAAGCCACAAAAUCUGCUUAUCGAUUCCAAAGGGUUAAUAAAGCUAGCUGAUUUUGGUUUGGGAAGAGCAUUUGGUAUUCCAAUAAGAGCUUACACACAUGAGGUUGUAACACUUUGGUACAGAUGUCCUGAAGUUUUGCUAGGAGGCAAAAGAUAUUCAUGUGGUAUAGAUACAUGGAGUAUAGGCUGUAUUUUUGCUGAAAUGGUAAAUAAAAAACCCAUUUUUCAAGGAGAUUCAGAAAUUGAUGAAAUAUUUAAGAUUUUUCAAGUGCUUGGCACACCUGAUAAUGAAAUUUGGGAAGGGGUGGAGGAAUUACCAGAAUAUAAGGCUGCUUUUCCAAAGUGGAAAUCAAAAGAUUUACAGAAAAUGUUGCCAUCCUUAGAACCAGCUGGAAUCGAUCUUCUUAAGAAGUUUUUGAUAUAUAAUCCUGCUGAUCGUAUCUCAGCCCGCAAAGCUAUGAAGCAUCCAUAUUUUUUUGACUUUGAUCCUACAACGUUACCUCAGCCACCAGAAGAAAUUUUGUAAUACAUACUUGCUAUUAAGAAAUUUAGUGACAAAAAGGUGAAUGAAGAAAUUUGAUUUUCUUA